CAAUACCUCUUACUCUGGCUGUGAGCAGCUGCACAGGAUUAGUGUCUGCCACCAGACAGAGCGAGUGACGGAAACAGGGAGGGAGUGGCAGACACAGGGAGAGGCAGAUUGAUAAAAGAAGUAGCCUCAGACAUAGCACAGACUGUUAAAUGUAGCAUGGACUGGCCAAAAUGUGAGCACCAUGUAUGUGGACAUGUAAGGAUUGUACAACUGCUGACUGAAGCCUAAUGGGGUCUGGAGUAAGCCAGAAGGAAUAUCCAGUUGAAGAGAGCGCCCCCCCACCACAGUCCAACACUGAGCCCGAUUCAGCUCACUCCUCUCCACCUCGACCUGCCAUCAUCGUCACCGCUCCAUCACGGGAGGACCUCUUUGCCUCGCCAUCCACCAUGACUAUAGCUGAUGCCGUCAAAGAGCGGAGGCCCUCUUCCACACCCUUCGUAGUGGGGAACAAAUUUGUGGCCAAUCGAUAACUCAGCAUGUCCUGCAGGAGUAUUCAAAGAAGAACUCAAAAUGGACUGCACAAAUACCACGCAGUUGCAAAACCGCAUGGCAACGCGUUGAUGUACUCUGCCUGUUCAAACUCCGGGAAAGCACUUGGUUGUCCUGUUGAUGGCACAAACCAAAACACAAUGGCGGCGCCCGAGUGAGAUGCGGCCUGGCGAGUUAAAGCCAAAACGGACUCUACUCUUGUUUUCGGAGGCUGCAAACGAGCCGAAAGAAUGGACACUGUGGGAGAGGACGAACAGGACCCUAUAAGGCUCAAGUCUAUCAAGAACAAUAAAACAUUUACAGUGCCUCGAAAUGACAGGUUUGGGAGCUGCAGAAGUGUUCGAGAGUUUGAGAAAUUUAACCGCAUCGGAGAAGGAACUUACGGUAUUGUGUACCGAGCGCGAGACACCAAGUCGGAUGAGAUUGUAGCGUUGAAGAAGGUCCGGAUGGACAAAGAGAAAGAUGGGAUCCCCAUCAGUAGCCUCAGAGAGAUCACCCUGCUGCUGAGGCUGAGACAUCCCAACAUAGUGGAGCUGAAAGAAGUGGUUGUUGGCAGUCAACUGGAGAGUCUGUUUCUGGUGAUGAGUUACUGCGAACAGGAUCUGGCCAGUCUGCUGGAAAACAUGCAGACACCGUUCUCUGAGGCUCAGGUAAAGUGUAUCAUCCUUCAGUUGCUCAGAGGCUUGGAGUAUCUCCACCACAACUUCAUCAUACACAGGGACCUGAAGGUGUCUAAUCUGCUGAUGACGGACAACGGCUGCGUUAAGAUUGCUGAUUUUGGGUUGGCCCGGAUGUACGGCAUCCCCCAGCAGCCCAUGACGCCUCGAGUGGUCACACUGUGGUACAGAGCUCCAGAGCUCCUCCUAGGGACCAAGACCCAGACUACAGCUCUGGACAUGUGGGCCGUGGGCUGUAUCCUGGCUGAGCUGCUGGCUCACAAGCCUCUGCUGCCCGGGACCUCUGAGAUCCAGCAGGUGGACCUGAUCGUCCAGCUGUUGGGAACACCCAAUGAAAACAUCUGGCCGGGUUUUUCUCUGCUGCCCCUCAUCGGCCAGUACAGUCUGAGGAAGCAGCCGUACAACAACCUGAAGAACAAAUUCACGUGGCUGUCUGAAGCUGGACACAGACUGCUCAACCUGCUCUUCAUGUACCACCCACAGCGCAGAGCUACUGCCAAAGAUAGUUUGGAGAGUUCCUACUUCAAAGAGAAACCUCUACCCUGUGAACCAGACCUGAUGCCAACCUUCCCCCACCACCGCAACAAGCGGGCUGCUCCUCUGGCAGAGAGCCACUCCAAACGGAGCAAAGUGUGAUGAACAGGCUGAUGAGACACUGGACUCAAAGACCACCCUGAGGUGACAGGACAUUCUUAGGAAUGGAUGUUGGUUUUGUGGAACGUAAAUUUGCUCAUGAGUUUUUACUGUGGGAUUUUGAGCAUAUGCUAACUCAAUUAGUUUAAUUCCAACCACAGCUGAAGCCAACAAACUCAGAUAAGCCCAUUGCUGAACUGGUUACACGUAACUUUCUACAUCCACGACGCUCCACUUCCGGGAUUGAUGCUGUGUGGACUAGCCAGACUUUCCUCCGCAGCGCUGUGGAGGAAGGCCUGGCAAUGCGAGACUACAAAGAACUCUGCAGUGUUCAGUAUAAUGCCACACAGAUCAUAGCAACAUUUUAAAAGGCUGUAAGGACACAUUCUCUAAUGUAGACCCAGUUGGUCUUGCAGCACUGUGUGCUCUUUAUAGGUUCAGUAGAUAUAUUUUUUAAUACUCGUAUUGCUGCCAAGGUCUGCACACGAAAUGUAAAGAUAAUGAGGACAAAGUUGCCUUUACAAAUAUGCUGAGGAAUUUUGUCUUUUGUGCCGAGCAUUUGUCUAUUCUAACUGCUUCUGCUAUUCUGGUAUCAGUCUGGAUCCGAACAUCGAAAUUAUAAAACUGUGAAAAGGCAUGACAAGUAGGAACUGAACCAACUUGCUUGAGGUCUGCCCACAGUUACACUGGGUC